UUUCGCGGCUGGGGCGAGGGGGGCGGCUCUGAGGGAAGAUGAAGGCGGCGGCCAUGUUGGGCGCUCCAGGGCGCUUUCGGUGCGGGCUGUGCUGAGGGAGUCUGCGCAGGGAGAGCCGGCGCUGGCGGAUCGGUGCGAGGCCGGGUUCGUAGCGGGAGGAGUAGAGCGUCUGCUGCGACUCUAAGCCGAGGGUCUUUAGUUGCUCGUGCUCAGCUUCAGGAGCGCUCGGCAGGGGAGGAGGGAGGUGUCCCUGACCGAGGAGCCAGCACCAUGAGCGGAGGGACGCCCUACAUCGGGAGCAAGAUCAGCCUUAUCUCUAAGGCCGAGAUCCGCUAUGAAGGGAUCUUGUACACCAUCGACACGGAGAACUCUACCGUGGCGCUGGCCAAAGUUCGCUCCUUUGGUACAGAAGAUAGACCAACUGAUAGACCUGUACCACCUCGUGAUGAAGUCUUUGAGUACAUUAUAUUCCGUGGCAGUGACAUUAAAGACCUAACUGUCUGUGAGCCACCAAAGCCUCAAUGUUCUUUGCCACAGGACCCAGCUAUUGUUCAGUCUUCACUAGGAUCUUCUACCACAUCUUCAUUCCAGUCUGUGGGGUCCUAUGGUCCUUUUGGCAGAAUGCCUGCAUACAGUCAGUUCAGUCCGAGCCCGCUGGUGGGACAGCAGUUUGGUGCUGUUGGAGUUGCAGGAGGUUCUUUAACAUCUUUUGGAACAGACUCUUCAGCCAGCACCAGCAUGUCCCAAAGUACUGCAGUUGGUUCUGCAUUUACAACAGAUGGGAGAUCACUGAAAACACAGAUGUCUCAAGGUCGUUCAAGCCCUCAGAUUGAUCAUUUGAGAAGGAGCCCCACCAUGGAACAAGCAGUUCAGACAGCUUCAGCCCACUUGCCUGCUUCAGCAGCAGUUGGGAGGAGGAGUCCUGUCCCAGCCAGACCUUUGGUGUCUGCUAGUCAAAAAUCAUUAGAGAAUCAAGAGCACAGACGAGCUGAAGCACACAAGGUUUCAAGAUCAGAAAAUGAACUCAGAAAUGAAAGCAAACGACAAAUUGUUCCAGGUGCACCUGCAGUACGGAGAGGCCGUGGAGGUCACAGAGGAGGCCGAGGAAGAUUUGGUAUUAGGAGGGAUGGUCCAAUGAAGUUUGAGAAGGACUUUGACUUUGAAAGUGCAAAUGCACAGUUCAACAAGGAAGAAAUUGAUAGGGAAUUUCAUAAUAAACUUAAACUGAAAGAAGACAAACUUGAAAAACCAGAGAAGCCUGUGAAUGGAGAAGACAAAGGUGACUCAGGUGUCGAUACCCAAAACAGCGAAGGGAAUGCUGAUGAGGAGGAUCCACUUGGACCCAACUGUUACUAUGACAAAACCAAAUCCUUCUUCGAUAACAUCUCCUGUGAUGACAAUAGGGAACGGCGACCCACCUGGGCUGAGGAAAGGAGAUUAAAUGCUGAGACCUUUGGAAUACCGUUGCGUCCUAACCGCGGCCGCGGAGGCUACAGAGGCAGGGGAGGGAUUGGCUUCCGAGGUGGAAGAGGCCGAGGAGGUGGGAGAGGUGGCUUCACUGCCCCCCGAGGAGCAUUUCGUGGUGGAUUCAGAGGAGGCCGUGGAGGCAGAGAGUUUGCUGACUUUGAAUAUAGGAAAGACAACAAAGUGGCUGCGUAGUCUAGAAGAAAGCUGAGCCCGGGGGAACGUCUCGAUCUUCUCGAUCCAGAGGAUGCGUUUUAAUCUCUGCAAAGAAUGAAGUUGAUUUGCUGUACACUUGUCACCAGCACUGGGAUUUAACUAUUUAAUUUCAGAGGGGUGUAAUGCAGUUCCUUUUGAAAAAAUGGCCAUCUUUGCAAGCAGUGAGCAUUAAAUAGAUUUGAGACAGGAGGAGGAGUAAUUUCUUAUGUAUAGUUAAUUCUAAGGCAGUACUUGGAUGGAGUUUAAGUAUUUUUUCAUCACCGAAAGGAUUUUUUUGGUAUUACUAAACCGUAUUUGAUAAUUGCUUCAAGUUGUAAGGACAAUUGUAUGCAGAAGGCCGUCGAUACUGUGAGUGUUUUGAUCCACUGAAGGUUGUUUUUUGGAAACCCCGUGGUAGCCCUUUUGAGAUAGUUGUACUUUAUCAACCAGGGUGCUGGAGAGUAGAGAGCUUGCUUUGUCGGUCGAAUAUGUACACACAGUAAAUACUGUUUCUUAGGCAAAGGAACCUUUUUAUAGAGUUGUAAAAUUCCGUGAUACCCCAUUGCCAAAGAAACACCACAGACUUUGUAUAGCUGUAUAAAAAGCAACUAAUUUUUUAAAGAAUAAACAUUUUUAAGUGGGCGAACAUACUGUGUUAUUGCAGAAGGUCGAUAUGCUGAAGAACGCUGAGUUUUAGUUGGGAUUUGGUUUCCUUUCUGUAGCAGCUUUUCGGGCUGAAAGCUUUGAUUUUAUAUGUGGACUGUGACGAAGCUUGGAAAUUGUUCUUCCGCAGCGUGAAACUGGAUAGACUCUUCUCUGGCAAGGUUUUGAUUUGGGAGUUUCUGGCGUGUUGCAGGAUUUGACCCAGUUCAGGAGGUAUUUUCAAAUAAGGAGAGAGUUAAUUUUCCUACAUCGAAAUUUGCAGUUGAUUUUAUUUAGUGAUAAAUAUUAACUUUUUUAAAUGAUGGCCCAGGCACUCAAGUGUUUGAUUCUCCUGCGAUGCCUGGGGCAGCAGUACGUCUCCGUUUGUCGACUCUUGAGAUGUUAACUUUGUUGUAAUACCUGUAGACAUAAGCGAUUUAAAGAAUUCUUAGUGUUUGAAGUUGUUUGCAUUUUGAUAGACCGUAGCUGGGAGACAGGAGGACUCUGGUUCUGAGACCCUGGAGUCACAGAUGACAGUGUGUGGACUUCCUGCCAAUUCUCAAGGACUGGUUUCUGCUUUUUGAUAUGCUGAACUAGAAACCUGGUCACUUGUGUCUGUGUAUGUAUGUGAAGGCCACAGGAAUAAAGGGAUCCAAAGAUUUAAAAACAAACAACAUUUUGAUCUAAUUUGCUGAUUUUUCUUUUUCCUUUUUUCACUAUAAAAUGUUUAGUGGUGAUAAAGAUGUGGAGAACUGCACUGGUGCAAGAUUGAAAUAUUUAAAAGUGGUUGAUAGAAUCUUAAUUUUAUAACUUUUGUAUAGCACUACAAGGAAGUAUUUUGUAAUUGGUUUCCUCCUUAAGGUCAAGUAGAAGUUAGCAGCUCUUGUUUAGUCAUGUUUUCUGCAUGUUAACGGCGCCGCCUUUUGGGACCCACACGCCGUGACUCUGGGCAACUCUGAGGUGUUUGGCCACAGCGGCGAGUGCUGUCCUGUUGCAAUAAUAACUUUGUAUGCUGUCAGGGGGCUCAGGCUUAUUUAAACGCCAGGAGUUGUAAAUAACGGUGGUGGAGGCUGCGAGGGGAUAUGAAGCGUGGGGUGCGGGUGGGUGCGGUGUGCGCGGCAGGCAGCGGCAUGGCGACCUUCCGUGUACUUGCCCCAUGCCAGCGAGGGUUUCCCUCUUUUUUCCUUCUUUUUUUUAAACUUUAUUAUUUUUAAUUUUAAACCCGAAUAAACUGUUCAACCCA